GCUGUGCUUCGAUGCAAAGCAGGGAGAAAGCUGUCUAAAUAUGAUCUGCAGUUGGGAAGCUUGCUUCUUUUCCUGUCUUUCUUUUUAUUUCCUACCCACCCACCCCCUUCCCUCUGUUUGGACGCUACAGGCACUUGUGCUGGAGUUGGAAGCUGUUUGAAAAUGAACAUGGUUUAAUCCACUAACUGCAUGUUGGGUAAAUUUCAAAACCCACAUGGUCGUCCUCUUGCAGUGGAAAAAGUCGCAUCUGAUGGACAUUUUCUCUGCUUAUAGCAUAGUAAUGAACGUCUGACAGGCGUGACCUUUCAUAAGACAGCCUACACUACUGGCUUUCUGCCCAGAAUAUUGCUGCAACACUAUCUGUGAUUGGUUCUUUCCCUAACAUGCCUUGCUUCAGAAGGGGAAAACGGCCCCCUUUUUAAUAAAUCUACGAUGGCUGGCUGCAAUAUGCUACACUGUUGGUACUAAGAAGUGCCUUUCCUGACGUCUCUGCUGCUUGGAACCGCUUCUAGAGCAGUCUCUGCUUUUUGCCUUGCUUGCUGCCAGCUAGACUGCGACGACAGCACAUCCACCCUCCACCUCUAGCCCAGCCACCCCCUCCCUUCAUUUCUACUUAUAAUCGGGAGAAAAGCUCUAAGCAUCAGGCAUUGCCCUAGGCUGCUUUAGUCGUUCUCAUAGAAAUAAUUAUAAUAAAAAAGUUUGCUGGAAAAGUGAGAUAAUCUUCUGCCAGAAAGGGAAAAAAAUCAAAGAGAGGAGGGAAAAAAACCACCACAAUUUCUCAAAUUGUCUCUCUCUAAACUGCUGCAUCUGUCUGUGCCACCAAUUGCACCACACCAAAAAAAAUAAAAAUAAAAAUCAAAUAAAAAUAAUAGUAAUUACAAAUUGAGCUGCGUAGAGAUCCCUUUUGGACAACUUUUCCUGAGAGCAGCUUGGAAAUUCUGUGUUGAAGGGGCUGCCACUUUUUGCGCCUUCUAUUUUGGUCUCCAGUUUGGCACUCAGAAUGGGUUACUGAGAGCACAAGGCUCGAUCCAGGCCAUACUUUCAAAUGCUUAUUUUCCUUACGAUCUUAGCAUUUCUCUGAGUUCCAAAAACACCCCCCUCUUUUGAUUGAUAGUUCCAUACUGUGACUUUCUAGUGGGAAAUCUAUUCCUUGCUGUCGCGACAACACAAUUUUACAUCUUUUAACAUUGGGCUUGGGGCUUGGGGAAGUAUUUUGGAGGUGACAUUUUUCAUCGUUUCCCGUCUUAUCAGUUUGGCCUCUUUUUUUUUUAAUUUGUUUGUUUCAUUGACAAUUUUAACUACCUGUAAAAAUCUAAACAUGGCUGUAAGUGUCACACCAAUCCGGGACACAAAAUGGCUAACACUGGAAGUGUGUCGAGAGUUCCAAAGAGGGACUUGCUCACGACCAGAUACGGAAUGUAAAUUUGCACAUCCAUCGAAAAGCUGUCAAGUUGAAAAUGGACGAGUAAUCGCCUGCUUUGAUUCAUUGAAAGGACGAUGCUCAAGGGAGAAUUGCAAAUAUCUUCACCCGCCACCACACUUAAAAACACAGUUGGAGAUCAAUGGACGCAAUAACCUGAUUCAGCAGAAGAACAUGGCCAUGCUGGCCCAGCAAAUGCAACUAGCUAAUGCCAUGAUGCCUGGUGCCCCAUUACAACCAGUGAACCAUAUGCCUCAGACAUUCCAAAAAAGAGGGGGGGAGGGAUCUCCAUAUUUCAUCGACACUGAUUCCAUUUAUCAAUACCAAACACUAAAGAGAGCCCUAGACUAUUGGUCUUCAACUGAUGGGUCGGGACCCACUACCGGGUCGCAGACUGAUCUAAGAUGGGUCGCAACAGCAGCACUACCACAAUACAAAUAUAUGCCAAUGUUUUCAGUUGCACCAAGCUUAGCCACCAAUGCUUCAACAACCUUUAACCCCUACUUGGGGCCUGUCUCACCUGGCUUGGUCCCAGCAGAGAUCCUGUCAACAGGGCCAAUGCUGGUUGCGGGGAAUCCUGGUGUGCCAGUUCCUGCUGCUGCUGCAGGAGCAGCACAAAAGCUAAUGAGGACAGACAGAUUGGAGGUAUGUCGGGAGUAUCAGCGUGGCAAUUGUAACAGAGGAGAAAAUGAUUGCCGGUUUGCUCACCCUGCCGACAGUGCAAUGAUUGACACCAAUGACAACACAGUUACCGUCUGCAUGGAUUACAUCAAAGGGAGAUGCUCAAGGGAAAAGUGCAAAUAUUUUCACCCCCCUGCACACCUGCAAGCUAAGAUCAAAGCUGCCCAGUACCAGGUCAACCAAGCAGCAGCUGCUCAGGCAGCAGCUACUGCAGCAGCCAUGACUCAGUCGGCUGUCAAAUCACUGAAGCGACCCCUCGAGGCAACCUUUGACCUGGGAAUUCCUCAAGCUGUGCUCCCCCCAUUACCAAAGAGGCCUGCGCUUGAAAAAACCAAUGGUGCCACCGCAGUCUUUAAUACUGGUAUUUUCCAAUACCAGCAGGCUCUUGCAAACAUGCAGUUGCAACAACAUACAGCCUUCCUUCCACCAGGCUCAAUAUUGUGCAUGACACCCGCUACAAGUGUUGUUCCCAUGGUGCACGGCGCUACGCCCGCCACUGUGUCUGCAGCAACAACAUCUGCCACAAGCGUCCCCUUCGCUGCAACAGCCACAGCCAACCAGAUACCCAUAAUAUCUGCCGAACAUCUGACUAGCCACAAGUAUGUUACACAGAUGUAGACAUUUAAUCAUCAAACAAUCAUUUAAAAGAAAAGAGGACAGUGUGACUGAGUGAAGAAACAGAACAGGUCAUUAGCCAUAAUGUAUAUACCGUCAAAUAACAGCACCUGAAUUUCCUCAGCAGUAAGACAUCCACAUAUUGCAUGUUAACAAGAUGAAAUUACAACUUGGAAAUCCACUGCACACUGUUGCCUAUAUACUUUGUACAUUGAAUUGAUAUUUGUGCUGGGGUGAUCAUAUUGUCUCAAGACUACAGCAUUGUCUAUCUUUUCUAGCACACAGGUAUGCAAUGCAUGCACACCGACGUAUGCAUUGGUAAAACUCUUUCCUACAUAAUCAUGUAUGUCAUCUUGAAAAGACAGACUGUGAUGUAGCCAUAGAUCUAUUAUGUAUUGGUACGUCUGUAGACCAAGAUAUAAUUUUUUAAGUAAGUUUAUUUCUUUCAAGGUUUACAAAUAACAAAAGGUGCACCUUGUAUUUAAAAUUGCCAUUAUAAAAGAGAACGUGCAUGCACAGUAUAAUUUUUUUCCUUUUGUUUUUGCUUUUGAGAGUAAUAUUUUUUAAAUGUAAUAGAUUGUAAGAAGUGGUAAAAGAGGUAUCUGACAGAGAUGAAUGUGCCAAGUAAAAACCACAACUGUGUAUAUUUUUAAAGCACAUCAAUGGCUUUAAGUACCAUGUUGUUCAAGAUUCUCAUGAAGUGCCAUAGACUGUAAUCAAAGUAGAGUAUUAUUUCUGCAGUGUUACUUUAAGAGCCACAUUUUUGCUUGUUUUCCUAGUUGCUAAUCAGUCAAAGGGCACCCCUUCAGUUUUAAACCAAAGCUGUCUCAGAAAUGGCCACUUUUACCUUAUUUACCAGUAGACAGCACAUUUUUUAAAAGAGCAAAAGUAAAAACAGUCCUAGAAACAGGUUAUUCCUACGCAAACUGGAUCUAUAUAAAUCUAUAUAAAUUAUUAUAAUCCAUUGUAGCUGUAAUAGUUAUGCAAACUUAUUAACACACAGUAUACAUUUAAAAAAAAUAAAAAGGGAAAAGCCAUUUCUGAGAUACUGUUUGCAAAACAUUUGAGGAAUUUUCUUUUGCUUUGAAUUUCUAACCUCUAUCAAAAGUCCAAGAGACUCUAAAAGUGUUGGAGGAGAGGAGUUUUGCUUUCUGCUCAAAUGCAUCACUUCAAAGUCACACACUUCAAAAAAUAAGUGGCUCUAAUCAUGGGAGAAGCACUGACAUCAGAUGUAUGAUUUAAAAGAAAAACCAAAAUAAUGACGUAAGUGGAGAUGUUAAUUAGAAAUAGCUCUUUGGUGGGUUACGUAUUGGGGAGAAUUUUAUAUGUGAUUUCUUCUGUUCAGAUUUAACUGCUUAUAGCCUUAGAAAGCCUUUACAAAAAUGAAACAAAAAAAUAGAUGUGCAUUCAAGUUCUUAAGAAUGGAUUCAUCCAAAGGAAAUUCUUUUUGUGGUUUGGAUGUUGCAGCUAGUAAAGGAUAUAUUUUGCUCUGUUCAGCAAAGCUAAAAGGUUGCUGAGGUGUGGGCCAGGUCACUGGUAGUAUAGUGUGGAAUGGAAGAGGAGAGAGUUCAGUUCUAGAACUUUCCAUACUUCCAAGUUUACUUGCAAGUUUUUAUGCUUGAGAGAUGCUUUCUAGUAAAAAAAAAAAAAAAGAAUGAUGCGUUGAUUUUACUGAUUGUACUGUACAUCUAUUAAAGCCUUAGAUUAUUACAUUACGGGUUAAAACCCAUACCAAUGUAAUUUCAAUUGUGUUAAGAAAGUAUAGGUGACUUCACAUGUUAUUGUAGUUUACUUACAUUAGAGAAUACUACUUAUUUUUUCCUCGUUAAAAUAUUAGAUUUUAUUUCUUACAUUUAUUAGAUCAUUUUCAUUUUCUAUUACCAGAUGAAUGCCAUUUCAGUUUAUAGAAUUUUGUUUUAUUAGAUUUUAACGGAUGAAUUUUUCAAAAUAUGAAAAAAAUUAAAAAGUUUUUUUCUUCAUAGCAUAUGCAGUUUUGAAUUUACAUGUAGUGUCAUGAAUAUUCGUAUUCUUGUUAACUAAAUGAUUUAUAUUUUACUGAUUUAAUAUUACAAUGUAUGAAUAUCAGUCAUUGUUAGUUCUUGUCUAGUUUUCAUUAAAAGAACAAAGAUCUUUUAUAUUGAUAUCUUAUAUAAUCAUUGCUAAGUAAGAAGUUAAGUUGUUGCUAUUGCAACGAUCCUGGCAGACAACUGAGUAAUAUUUUGAUGAUUUAUUUUGUUUGUAAUUAAUUAUAAAAGAAAAAUCUAGUUCCUAGAUAUCAGAAUAAAAAUUUAUUUUCUACUGUAUCCAUUUCAAAUGUUAAAAUAUUGUUUAAAUAUUUUUUUGAAAUCCCUGAAUAUCAGGCCUUGUUAUAAAUAAGCUGCAUAAUCAACAGAUCAAGGGACUUUUUGUUGAUAAAUCCAAAUACUCAAAAGUUUACGUAUAACAAGAAUUAUAAUAUGUGUGAGUGCGUGUGCAAACUCUUGAGGGUUGAUUAUGCUGCAGUUUAGCAUGUGGGAAAGUAUAGAGAGAAGGUUGACCUUUUGCACUUCUGUAUAUAGUCAAAAAUAAAUAAAAGAGAGAAACCUGUAUAAUAGUAAGAUCUUAUUUUGAAUAAAAAUGUCUAUAAAUACAAGGAGUUUUGUUAAGGCUAUUGAAAAUGACAGGCUGAACAAAAUUGCUUGCAAAAAGUGGCACAGAGUUAGCACUCCAAACCCCUUGGAAAAAAAGUUGCUUUGCUUUAUGUGAACAGCUUCUAGUUUGCCAGGAUUCUUUCAGCUGGAAAGAUUGGCCCUCCUUCCCAGUUUUCAUGACUUAACAAAAGCUGCACUGGUCCAAAUCUGCCUGAAGAUCAUUAAUAAAUAAAAAAUAUUUUUUUAAAAAAUAGAAUAUCAAACAAACAGGUACUUCAAACCAUUAAAGGGAAAUCAUGGAUCAAAUAUGCCGUACAUUACUCAAAACAACUACUGCAUGUUUAAAGUAUCAGAGAGAGAGAGAGAGAGAGAAAGAAUAUAUACAUAUAUAUAUAUAUAUAUAAGAUAUAUAUUCUAUUCAAACCAGUUUCUGACAAAUUUCAGUAGUUUUAUUAUUCACACACCAAGACACAGAAACACAAACACACACACACAAACAGAAACCAAUAUUGACUUUCACAUACUCACAAAAAGUUUUUUAAAAAACUCGUCAACAGGCAAACCAAAACAAAACAUCAUAGCUGUAAUUGUUAUGUAAUUAUUUUUAUUGCUGUAGUGAUCCUGUUCUUUUAGCAGGUGGAAAAAUAUCAAAUUUACCAUUUUUAUCUUAAAGCACUUGAUAAACCAUGUAAUAUAUAUGAAGCCAAAGUGAAAGGGUGGGAAUGGGUUGGGGGAGACGACUAUUGGAUUUGAUCCUAUCUUGUCAUUAACACUGAUGAAUUAGGCUGCAAUCCAUGUCUACUCAGAAGUGAGCUCUAUAGGGUUCAAUGGGAUUUACUCCCUGGUAAGUGUGUAUUGGAUUGCAGCCUUAGUCAUGUUGCACUUCCUUGCAACCCUGCAAUUUUCAUCUGCUGAAAGGACAGAUGUGCUUGGUUUUUACUACUAUGUAAUCACAGACUUAAAUUUGCUUGAUAGUUGCUCCAAAUUAUGUACUCUGUCCUGGGCCGCAAUUUGUUUUUAUGCUUACUUUAUUAUUACUGCUAUAGUUGACCUAGCUGUAUGGAGAAAAAAAUAAAAAUAAAGUUAAAUUGCCCUAAUAAA